AUGUUUAAUUUACUUGAUGUAAUGAUUGCUCCAAGGUUUUUGGUUAUUCUUCAAGAGGACUCAAAAAUGCAACAUUUAUUGUCAACUAAUAAUUUAAUUUUAACAACUUUGGAUUGUUGGAUUUUACAAAAAUUAACAACAAAUAGUGAUUUGUUUAUAACAGAGCCUUCAUCAAUUUCUUCUACUGGAUUAUUCGAUCCCUUUACGAAUUCUUGGGGUGUCCAAAUACUUCAAUUAAUUGGAUUUCCAUUUAAUUCAAUUUUAUUGCCUUCAAUUUCACCAACUUCACUUUUAUCGUUAACUACGGAUGCUGAAUUGUUUGGAAGAGAAAUUGAAAUAUCUGCUUGUUUAGGAGAUGCACAAUCUGCAGCAUUUGGUUCAGGAUGUAUUCAAAAAGGAGACGUCAAUUUAUCGUUGGGAACUGGAGCUAUACUGGAUUUUGUGUCUGGAGGUGAAGUGCAUGCCAGCAUGUGUGGUAUUUUUUUAUUUUAA